AUGACUGAAGCAGCUGAAGCACGAACGUCGACCACCACCACCACCAUGGUCAUCGACCACAAGAACGGAGACGCCGGCGCACCGCCUGUGCGGGUGUCCAAGAAAACCUUUACAGAUGACCUUUACUCCACUUUCAGCUCCCCACUGGCCUGGAUCUUGGUUCUGGCUCUCAUCAUUACCUGGUCUUGUGUUUUCGUCAUAAUGUUUGAUCUAAUGGACUACAAGACCAUUUCAGGAGGCCUCAGCAAGAUCGGCUCAGACCCCAUGAAGGCGGUGAACGAUGUCGUGGAGGAAUCAUCAAACGUAAUCACGGGAAUAUUUAAAUUUGCUGCCAGCUUAAUCGCUCCAGAUGAGGAUGAAGGAACUCUUUAUGCAGUCAGAAAAAAAGGAGAAUUUCUACCAUCACGAAUGAAAGUGAUAGAGAUGCAAGCAAAAAAGGAAAAACCAGUGGCUGAAGAUGUGGAGGAUGAAGAGGAGGUGGGAGAGGCAGAGGGAGAAGAAGGAGAUGAAGGGGAAGCUGAAGAGGAGGUGGAGGAGCAUGAUGAAGUCUCUCCUGAACCCAUUUCCACUUCUGAGGAUGAAGAGUCGGCCGUGUCUCCUGACUCUGAGUCUGAUGCACCUGUAGGGGUCACAGACAGUGAUGAAGACCUAACUCUACCUGAUGAAGAUGAUGAAAAGGAUGAAGAAGAACAGGAUGAAGAUGAAACCAGUGACGAUGAGCUUCUUUCCAGUGAGGAGGAAGAGGAGGAGGAGCAGGAAGAUGAUGAAGAAGAUGAUGAGGAUGACAGAUUAGCUGAGGGUGUCACUGAUAGCGAUGAUGUCAUCGCAGAAGAUACUGGUGAAGACUCGGAUCUCGAUCUUCCUCCUAUUGUAGCUGCUAGUGAGGAUGAGGAAGAUACUGAGCAUAAACUCGCAGAAGAAGAAGAUCUUUCUCCUCUUCCUGCCGAAGAUGAAGACCUGGAAGAAGAUAUAAAAGCUGCAGAAGACACAGAGGAGGAAGAAGAUGAAGAGUUGGACCAAUCAGAUGAAGACAUCUCUGUUGCAUCCUCUGAACACUUUGCAGAUGACGAAGAUGAGGAGGAAGACCUUAAAGAUGAGGACUUUGACCUUGACAAAGAGAUCCUUGCUGACCUUAAAAGCGAAGAUGUUCAUGACAAACCUGAAGUCACUGAAGAGAGCAUCCAUGAUGAUGAUAAAGAGGAGGAGGAGGAGGAGGAGGAGGAGGAGGAAGCUGGCAUUCCUCCCUUUGCGAGCACAGACAGUGGAGUCUUAGCUGAUGAAGAUGAUGAUGACACUUCUCUCAAAACAGAUGAGGAAUCCACUGGAGAGACAGUCCUGAGUGACUCUUAUGACACAACUGAUGACAAAGAUGUUGAUACAAGCUCCUUUAGUGAGGAUGAAGAAGAUGAAGAAGAUGAUGGUGUUGAUGAAACCUUGAUAGCAGCUGCUGCUGCAGGAGCAUUCACUGUCCAGGAGGAGGCAGCAAAGACUGAUGAAGACGACGAGGAAGGGGACGAGCUCAAAGAGGCUGACGAUGAAGACAAGACCGAGGACGCCGAAACAAAAGAAACUGGCACCAGCUGGCCCGCUGCUCCUGAGGAGGAGGAGGACGAGCGCAAAGAUGAAGAGCCGAUUUCCAAACCCCAGAAAUCUGUGGAUGAACAGGAAGAUAAGAAGGAGGAGUAUGACGAAGACGAGGACGAUGAUGAGAAAGCGACUGUGGAUGUGAUCAAACCUGUUCCUGAACCAGAGGAGGCAGCGGCAAAGACUGAACCCACAGUGUGUCCCUGUAUGCACUCUGCAAAAGCCAAAGAGGCUCCAACCAAGGCUGCAAAGGCAAAAGAUGCUCCCAGGAGGGUCUCUGCUGUGAGAAGGAGAAAAGAUCGGGAGAUUGUGAGGACUGUGAAGGCUGUAAAGACAGAUGAAAAGCCCAAAAAGACAGCUCUUCCCAGAAUGGGCGGUUUGGUUCCGAAAAUGGCAAGGAUCAGAAGAUUUCCUUCUAUUCUGAGAGCCAAGAAAGAGGAAAAGCCCAAAGUUUCCAAAACAAAGACCAAAAAGCAAGAACAGGUCACAGACUCUGGACAGGAAGUUGGGCCUUGCAGACCUGCACCAGUCUACUGCCCAUCCCCACCUGGAUGGUACGUUCAUCACAUAGUCACAGACAACCCUUACCCUCCUCCUACCAUGUCAGCUCCGUCUGCUCCCGUACUGACCGCCCAUCCUGUCCAUCCCGGAGCUCCACAGACACAGGCCGUUUAUCAACAGCAGCCUCCGCCGCCACCAAUGCAGCCGCUGUACGCACAUUAUCAGCCAUAUCCGCCACCACUCCAGCCUAUGAUGCCACCUCCACCAGAUCCAGUUCAGCCACUCCAGCCUGCACAGCCAGAAGCUCCAGAAGAAAAAGAAGAAGCAGCACCUGUCAAACCUGAGGUCCCGGCUCCAGCUGCUGAAGCUCCGCCUGCUGCAGCUCCAGUUCAGGAGGCUGCUACGGAGGACGUGACAGCUGCCUCCACAAAGCAAGAAAAAAAGAAAACAAAAGCUGCUGAUUCAGACAAAGAGCCAGGAACGGCCAAAGGGAAAACAAAGAAAGAUGCUGCUGUUUUGAAAGAGAAAAUCAAAGCAGACACUGCCAAAAAAGUGGCAGCUGCUAAAAAAGAGAAACCCAAGAUUCAUGCAGUGGCUAAGAAAGAUCCACCCGCAAAGCAGAAAACUAAAAGUGCUGCAGCUCCUAAGAAAGAGCCUGCAGCUGAACGACAGAAGCGGAAACCAGCCUCUGAAAAGAUAGCAGCACCUGUCAAGAGCAAAGUGAAGGCAUCUACGACUAAGACAGAUCCAGAACCACGUCCACGUCCACGUCCACAGCCACUGAGAAUGAGACUGGACGCUGGCAGGAGGGCAAAUGUGACCUCUCAGGCCAAAGAGGAGAAACCUGCCAGAUCUUCAUCUGAACCAGCCAAGAAAAGAACACAAUUAUUGGCUGAGAAGAAAAGCCGAGUAGAAAAGGCUGAAAAGAAAUCUGUCAAAGAGUCUCAAGAUAAAGAGAAACAACUACCACAGACUGAAGAGCCCAAGAAAGAAGAAAAUAUUACAGAAAAGAAGAAACCUGGACAGAGAUACUUCCAGUGCAUUUAUGUCCCGGGCAAAAAUAUACACUACCCUUUACGACCUUUUACUCCAGCCAUGGCCCCCACCAUGAUGUCCCCUGCGCUCAGAGCGAUGCUGGAGCAGCAGAGAGCAGCCAGGGCGUCUGGGCAGUAGGACCACCUGACCCCUCUCUUCAGUUCUGAUAGCACUGCAUCUUCCAGGCCAGCAGGGGGAGGUGUUUGAAUCUGUGGCAUCUUUACCUUCAGAGGAUGACCACAGAGAGAGAGAAAAAAUGUACAGAAUUACUUUGUCUUUAAUUUAUUGAUAUAUUUAUUUAGUGGUUGAGCUCCUGGGGUUACUGUUCAUAUUGCCCGUUUUACCCUCUGCUUAUACUUCCAUAUAUUUUGCCUCCUGUGUUUAGCACUACUAU